AGUAAAAUUUUAGCAGCCAAUCAGCGUAUCUCAGACGUCUUACAAUUCUUUGUUAUUUCUUAUAUUCACAUAGCGUCAAAUGCAUAAGAAAAUCGAUUAGUUAUAAUUUAGACAUACAGUAAAAAUUUAGACGUGUAAUUAAUCGAUUUUCUUAUCAGUAAGCAUUCUGCCUUUAUGCCAAUUCGCCUGGAUAUAACAUAAUGAAUAAAUGACACAGUAACGUCUUCUUGCUUUCUCUCUUGCUCUCCUCUUUCUCUUUUUUAUACGGCUUUCGUGACGUUCUGCAUAUUACGUUAAAAAUUGUUGUUAUUGAGGGUAGUGCGUUUAUUGAUCUCUACGUAAACAAUUAAUAUGUUUGAAAGAAAGCUGAAGGCGCUUGGUUACGUGGAAUGGAAUAAAGUCAACGGAAGUAAUACUCAACAUUUUAGGAAAGUGAUUGUAUGGUUAGAAGAUCAGAAGAUACGUUAUUACAAAAUAGAAGACCGCAAGCAAUUAAGGGAUAUCAAUUCCCCAGAAUGGCUAGAAGCUUUCGAGAAAUAUUGCAAUGAUCUCAAUUGCCCAAUAACCAGUAAGAAUGAGGCUGAUCUAUUAGAAUGGUUCAUAGGCUACACUAUUUGGCUAGAGUUUGAAGAUGAUCGUCAAAAAUAUCAGCAAGUCGUAGGGAGCAAAGCAAAGGCUAAGAAAGAAAUAAACAUACCUAGUGUCAAAUCUACAAAUCCUUUAGAUAAUUUAGAUUUUGAUAGUGACAGUUUUAAGGCUGGUGUUAGCUCAUUAGCAAAAUUAUUAAAAAUUCCACAACAUCCUGACCAUCUUGUGACAUUACAAGCAUGCAGCAAACUGGUGUGUAACAAGUUGAAUCCAGAUGCGAUCAAGCAGUCCAAUAAUACUGUAAUCACCAAGGGUAAACCUUUGACGGCGAUGACUGUAGAAUCUAGUUUUAAUAUGGGUGAUGCAAUGCUGGACAAUGCCGUCAAAGGACUUUCUUUGUUGUACAUUCAGGAUCUCAGGAAUCUCCAGACAAAGAUUAACGAAACAAUAGUCGCUGUGCAGAAUAUAACAGCUAAUCCGAAAACGGAUACUAAAUUAGGAAAAGUUGGUAAAUAAACUGUUCUUGCAUGUUAUAUAUUACAGAGACACGUAUGUCUGAAACAAGCGUAGAUUGUAUGAAAUUAGGAAAAUACUUAUCACAUAUUCGAAGCAACAUCUAAGAUGAAAUCAUGAAACUCGUUUAUGUAAACGAGAUUUCAUCAUUGUAUAAUGAGUGUUAAUUUAUUUCUACUUUGUUAGCUUGUGCCAAGUCUGCGAAUAUAUCGAUUUUGCAAAGGAAUAGUGUAACAUUUUUUCUCACUACACAGAAUCGAUAUUUUAUAUAAGUUACGUAACAAAUAAUACUCAAUUUGUGCAAACAAAAAUUCUCUUAGUAACUUGUAUAAGCACAAAUAGACUAAAAACAUUAGAAUAAUAAGUUAUUAUAUCACAUCAAAAUACACACGUACAAUACAAAGUAGCAAAAGCAAUAAAUAUUCAUAGAUAUAA